AUGAGCUCACGGUUGAACUUCAAAUCGUUCACCUUCGGGACGAAGCGCAACAAGAACCACUCGCCUGUGCAGCACAGCCAACCUGUGAACGCUCCUUCUACCAACACCCUCGUCGCCGCUCCCUCGGCCACUUCGCCCAGCUCUCCUCCCUCCGGUACCAGUUCCUCGACCACCAGCCUCCCCAUGAAUAACCAGAAUACUUUGGGGCGCCCCCCGAGCUACACCUACAACACCGCCGGCCGGCCCACCAGCCCUCUGCCGCCAGGCCAACCUAUGCCUCACCACCCUCCGCCGUUAAAUACCAACCUACCGUAUCCUCAGUCCUCCAUGGCCCCCAUGGGUGCUCCCCCCGGCUACGGGUUACAACAGCAGCUCGGUCCUGGCAUGGCUCCCGGCCUUCACCAACCCCAGUACGGCGUGCGGAACCCCGCCGUCGAAGUAGAAGGCGCCGGCCGGAGCAAGGCUCAGUUGAUUGUGGGAAUCGAUUUUGGCACGACAUUCUCCGGUGUAGCUUUUGCAUUCGCGACCAACAACGAGGCGAGAGAGGACAUCAUCACAGAGUGGCCUGGCGCAGGCACUCACACCAAACAAAAGAUCCCGACCGUUUUGUACUACGAUCAGUACCAAAAGGUGGUGGGUUGGGGCCCGGAUAUCGCUGAUGCUUUGGCCCCCACCGGAUACCCGAAGCAAGGGGUACAGAAAGUCGAGUGGUUCAAGCUUCAGCUGAUGCUCUCCGGGAACACGUACAUUGACCCCAUCAACCUGCCGCCUUUGCCUCCGGGCAAGUCGGAGAUCGAUGUCGCCGCCGACUACCUCUUCAAGCUGCGACAGGCCAUGCGGGCCCAACUCCAGAAGACCUUGGGUGAAGUGUUCACUCGUGAAGAGCGAAACAUUCGGUACUACAUCACCGUACCGGCCAUUUGGAACGAUGCUGGGAAAGCAGCAACACGAGCCGCCGCCCUCCAGGCCGGCUUCCUGAGAGACGAGAAUGACAACCGCCUAACCUUGGUUUCCGAACCCGAGGCAGCGGCACUUUUCUGUGCAAAGACCGGUCUGCUGAACCUCAAGAUCGGUGACGCCAUUCUGAUUGUCGAUUGUGGAGGUGGUACGGUCGACUUGAUUGCGUAUGAGGUCGAAGAAGAGCAACCGUUCAGCGUCGCGGAAUGCACCGCGGGCUCUGGAGAUUCGUGUGGUUCCACCGCGCUCAACCGGAACUUUAGCAACAUUCUCCGUGCGAAGAUUCGUAAGAUGAAAUUGCCGGAUGGCUCCCGCACGGCAGGCAAGGUUUAUGCCAAAUGUAUCAUGGACUUUGAGAAUCGGAUCAAGGCCGACUUCCGCAACAAUGGCCAGAAAUGGGCAGUGGAUGUCGGAAUUGAAGCCGACUUCCCGGACGCAGGCAUCGAGGAGGGCUACAUGACGUUCACUAACGAGGAGAUCCUGCAAUGCUUCGAGCCCGUCGUGAAUAGGAUCCUUGAGCUGGUGCGCAAUCAAAUCAUAGCGAUCCAAGCGCAGAACAGGUCACUUCAGAACGUCCUUGUCGUUGGUGGUUUCGGUGCCUCGGAGUAUCUUUUCCAGCAGAUCAAGCUCCACGUCCCUCCACAGUAUCAGUCCAAGGUAGUCCGACCGAUGGACUCGGUCGCUGCCAUCGUCAAAGGUGCCGUAACUGCCGGAAUCACCGAGCGGGUGAUUACGCACCGUGUAGCACGACGCCAUUACCUGAUGGCCACGCUGCAACCCUUCAAGGAAGGAUAUCACCCCGAGCAAUACCGUGUUCCUAGUCUUGACGGCCGCGACCGAUGCAAGUACACAAGGCAAAUUUUCGUGCAGAAGGGCGAGCGGGUGAAAAUUGGCGAGCCUGUCAAGGUGAGCUUUUUCCGGCAGGUUGCGCCGGGAGCGACCCUCAUGUACGAGGAUAUCCUGUACGCGUGCGAUGAGGAUGUGUGUCCCGAGUACACUAAGGAUCCACGUAUCAAGGAAGUCGUCACCCUCACCUCCGAUCUGUCCCGUAAGAACUUGGAGACCGAUUUCGAGCGCAUGGACACGCCUCAGGGUACUUUUUACCGAGUGUACUUUGACAUUUACCUCACACUGGAUGGUAGUGAAUUCAGCGCAGAGCUUGUCUGUCAGGGCGAAGUGAUGGGUCGGUGCCGGGCCAAAUUCAGGUAG